AUGUUAUCCAGAAGGAUUAAGACGGUGUCUUACAUAAGAAGAAAUCUUACGGCUGCCAAGAAGAAUUAUCCAGUCCACAAUUUGGAAUUUCUGACACUCAAGUGGGCCAUUGUGGACAAGCUGCAUGAUUAUUUAUAUGGAGCAAGGUUUGAAGUAAGGACUGAUAACAAACCACUUACCUAUAGGUGCUCGGCAGCAUUGUCAAAUUACAGUUUCAGCCUGAUAUACAAGCAGGAUUCCAAGACUGUCAGUCCGGAUGCCCUGUCCCCAAGACCUGGACUCCCUCCUCACCAAGACAAAAGAGAAGUGGGAAGAAAAUCCUGGACCGAAGUGAGAACAUUUUGUCAAAUUAAUGUAGUGACUCAUGACGAAGAGGAUACACUCCAUCAGUCACUCCUCAGAAGCAGUGCCAGAGGUCCUUUACACACAUGGUUCCUGUACUGCUCUGUGUGUGGAGAUUCUUGUACCAGGAGAUCAGAGGAGAAUCUUAUAUCUUCAGAUUAUAAAGCAGAUGAUGAUAUCACACAAGAUACAUAUGAAGAACAUUCCAUUAUCCCAGAUACACCCUCAGCCCUUCACAGCCAAGAUCUCUCAUCUCAUCCUUAUAUACAAGUCUUGUCUACUCAUUCAUCACAGGAUGUUAAGAAAAAUAAGGAAAGGCGAUUUUCAUGUCCAGAAUGUGGGAAAUGUUUUUCUCAGAAAUCAAGUAUUGUUAAGCAUCAAAGAAUUCACACAGGAGAGAAGCCAUUUUCAUGCUCAGAAUGUGGAAAAUGUUUUAGUCAGAAUUCAUAUCUUGUUCAACAUCAAAGAAUUCACACAGGUGAGAAGCAAUUUUCAUGUGCAGAAUGUGGAAAAUGUUUUUCCUAUAGAUCACAGUUUGUUUUACAUGAAAAAGAUCACACGGGAGAGAAGCCAUUUUCAUGUCCAGAAUGUGGGAAAUGUUUUACUCACAAAUCAGAUUUUGUUAAACAUAAAAGAAUUCACACAGGAGAGAAGCCUUUUUUAUGUUCAGAAUGUGGGAAAUGUUUUACCCGCAAACCAGAACUUGUUAACCAUCAAAGAAUUCACACAGGAGAAAAGCCAUUUUCAUGUUCAGAAUGUAGGAAAUGUUUUACUCAGAAAUCAGCUCUUCUUAAACAUCAAAUAGCUCACACAGGAGAGAAGCAUUUUUCAUGUUUAGAAUGUGGGAAAUAUUUUACUCAGAAAUCAAAUCUUGUUACGCAUCAAAGAUAUCACACAGGAGAGAAACCAUUUUCAUGUUCAGAAUGUGGGAAAUGUUUUACUGAGAAAUCACAUCUUAAAAAACAUCUAAGAACUCACACAGGAGAGAAGCCAUUUUCAUGUGCAGUAUGUGGGGAAUGUUUUACUGUAAAUUCAAUGCUUGUAAAACAUCUAAGAAUUCACACAGGAGAGAAGCCAUUUUCAUGUGCAGAAUGUGGGAAAUGUUUUAAUGUAAAUUCAAUUCUUGUUAAACAUCUAAAAACUCACACUGGAAAUAAGCCAUUUUCUUGUUCAGAAUGUGAUAAAUGUUUUACUGAGAAAUCACAUCUUAUCAGACAUCUAACAAUUCACACGGGAGAUAAGCCAUUUUCAUGUGCAGAAUGUGGAAUGAAUUUUACUCAGAAAUCAAAUCUUGUUAAGCAUCAAAGAACUCACACAGAAGAGAAGCCAUUUUCAUGUUUAGAAUGUGGUAAAUGUUUUACUCAGAAACCAGAUCUUCUUAAACAUCAAAGAAUUCACACAGGAGAAAAGCCAUUUUCAUGUUCAGAAUGUGGGAAAUGUUUUACUCAGAAGUCAUAUCUUCUUAAACAUCAAAUAGCUCACACAGGAGUGAAGCUUUUUUCGUGUUCAGAAUGUGGGAAAUGUUUCACUCAGAGAUCAAAUCUUGUUACGCAUCAAAGAACUCACACAGGAGAGAAGCCAUUUUUAUGUUCAGAAUGUGGAAAGUGUUUUACAUCUAAAUCAAUUCUUCUUGUACAUCUAAGAACUCACACAGGAGAGAAGCCAUUUUCAUGUUCAGAAUGUAAGAAAUGUUAUACCUGUAAAUCAAAUCUUGUUGCACAUCUAAGAAUUCACACAGGAGAGAAGCCAAUUGAGUCAGAAGCCGGCAUGUCAAAAGAGAGUAGAACCCGUCUGCGGCCUGUGAAGAAGAUGAAUUCGGCUGAGGUCAUUCCCUUCGGUUCCGGUGCUGCCGCUCCGGCAGCAGCCGCUGUAAAAGAGCUAUAUGAGCGGCUGCUGAGGAGAGUGGAGGCAGCCGGUGGCGAAGAUUGGCUCCAGAAAUGUUUGAGCCUGUCGCUUACCGGGGGAGGCAGCAGCGGAGAAGGCAGCAGCGCGGCACUCCUGGGAGCGGUGGACGAGUCCGUGGAGCCGGAACCGGAAGUCGCGCUGGCACCGGCGGAUGACGUCGGUGACGAGGGGACCAGUCAUGAUGCAGAGACGGCGCCAGCGGCCGGAAGUGACCGGAGGCCUGUUCCGGCGGCCCUGGUGGGAGAGCGCUGGUCGCAGAGGCAAGCGGACAGACAGAAGAGGCGCUUUGCCCCAACGGUGGCUGGUGUCGGCGGUGCAGCUGGGAGAGGUCAGCAUGGAAAAUGGCGUCAGCUGGAUGGACGGGGUUCAUCUGCAAAGGUGGUAUGGAUUUUAGGCCAUUCCUUUAUCUGUUGGGCGGCCAAUAGAGCACCUUCGCGGGUGUAUACUCUGAACUUGGGUUUUCAGGAGGAAAGUUUCAACAUCUUCUGGUGCGGAGUAAGUGGUUUACAGCUCUUCCAUAUAUGGGACAUCAUUCUUAAGCGCUCGGCUAGUUGGCCUUACCCUGAUAUCAUAGUAAUACAUGCGGAGGGUAAUGAUAUAGGUAAAGUAAACACAGCAGUGCUGUUUUCUGAGUUGAAAGCGCUGUUCCUGGAACUCCAGUUGGUUUGGCCUUCCUGCACGCUGUGCUUUUCGGAAAUUGUUCCUUGUUUACGUUGGGCGUCCAAGGAGCUUAGUUUCUUGGAGCGCAUUCGAAAGAGGGUCAACAGAGGCAUGGCCCGUUUUAUGGUUCGGUCCUGCAAGCACACGGCUCCUGUACAGGGAGAAGAUAUGAACAAUAUUAAUGUUCCAAAGACAGAUGUGAGCGGUGAUGAGCAGUAUAAGGAGGACAUUCCAACAGGAAAAGAUCCAAUCUAUAUUAACGCUGCAGACAUAAAGGAAGAAGAGGAGACAGAUGUGAGCAGUGAUGAGCAGUAUAAGGAGGACAUUCCUACAGGGAAAAAUCUGAUCUAUAUUAAUGCUACAGACACAAAGGGAGAAGAAGAAAAUACAGAUGUGAGCGGUGAAGAGCAGUUUAAGGAGAUCAUUCCUACAGGGAAAGAUAUCUAUAUUAAUGCCUCAGACAUAAAGGAAGAAGAGAAAGAUAUGAGUGGUGAUGAUCAGCAUAUGGAGGACAUUCCUACAGGAAAAGAUCCAAUCUAUAUUAAUGCUGCAGACAUAAAGGUAGAAGAAGAGGAGACAGAUGUGAGCAGUGAUGACCAGUAUGAGGAGGACAUUCCUACAGGGAAAAAUCUGAUCUAUAUUAAUGCUACAGACACAAAGGGAGAAGAAGAAAAUACAGAUGUGAGUGGUGAAGAGCAGUUUAAGGAGAUCAUUCCUACAGGGAAAUAUAUCUAUAUUAAUGCCUCAGACAUAAAGGAAGAGGAGACAGAUGUGAACGGUGAUGAUCAGUAUAAGGAGGACAUUCCUACAGGAAAAGAUCCAAUCUAUAUUAAUGCUGCAGACAUAAAGGAAGAAGAAGAGACAGAUGUGAGCGGUGAUGAGCAGUAUAAGGAGGACAUUCCUACAGGUAACCAUCCAUAUGACUGUACCAGGAGAUCAGAGGAGAAUCUUAUAUCUUCAGAUUAUAAAGCAGAUGAUGAUAUCACACAAGAUACAUAUGAAGAACAUUCCAUUAUCCCAGAUACACCCUCAGCCCUUCACAGCCAAGAUCUCUCAUCUCAUCCUGUUAUACAAGUCCGACCUAAAGAUUCAUCUCAGUCUGUUAAACAAAAUAAGGAAAAGCGAUUUUCAUGUUCAGAAUGUGGGAAGUGUUUUACUCACAAAUCAGUUUUUGUUAAUCAUCAAAGAAUUCACACAGGAGAGAAACCAUUUUCAUGUUCAGAAUGUGGAAAAUGUUUUAGUCAGAAUGCAAAUUUUCUUAGACAUCAAAGAAUUCACACAGGAGAGAAGCCAUUUUCAUGUUCAGAAUGUGGAAAAUGUUUUACUCAGAAACCAGAUUUUGUUGAACAUCAAAGAAUUCACACAGGAGAAAAGCUAUUUUCAUGUUCAGAAUGUGGGAAAUAUUUUACUCACAAAUCAGUUUUUGUUAAUCAUCAAAGAAUUCACACAGGACAGAAGCCAUUUUCCUGUUCAGAAUGUGGAAAAUGUUUUAGUCUGAAUUCAAGUCUUCUUAAACAUCAAAGAAUUCACACAGGAGAGAAGCCAUUUUCAUGUUCAGAAUGUGGAAAAUGUUUUAGUCUGAAUGGAAAUCUUGUUGAACAUCAAAAAAUUCACACAGGAGAGAAGCCAUUUCCAUGUUCUGAAUGUGAGAAGUGUUUUACUCAGAAAAUAGAUCUUGUUAAACAUCAAAGAAUUCACACAGGAGAGAAGCCAUUUCCUUGUUCAGAAUGUGGGAAGUGUUUUACUCAGAAAACAGAUCUUGUUAAACAUCAAAGAAUUCACACAGGAGAGAAGCCAUUUCCUUGUUCAGAAUGUGGGAAAUGUUUUUCAGUGAAAUCACAUCUUACCAGACAUCUAAGAACUCACACAGGAGAGAGAACAAUUCAGAGUAAUAAAUGAUGCAGAUAGCACAUCUAUAUAUUAACCAUGUACAUAGGAUAUCUGACAUUUAUACAUAUGUCAUAUACUGCAUCUCCAAACUUGUUCCCAAUUGUUAAUAAAAGUUUUC